AUGACCCAGAGGAUUGUCCAUCCUUUUCGACAAUAUUCUAUCCCACAUUAUCACCCAAUCGAUAAUGACUGGACUCGCAACUUUGACUUCAGGGCCCAACAAGCAGCUCUAAGCAGAGAGUUCAGCAGAUUUACUAUGGACAACGCAGAUGAAGGGCAAGUCACACGCAGACGCGAGCAGCCAGACUACACCAAGAAGAACUUCAAACGUGCAACAGAGGAUCUGCACUCAUGCCUUCAAGAAGCACUCGAAUUCUUUCCAAGAUUCGAGACUGAGUUCAACCACGAGACAAAGGAAAUUAAAAGAUACAGUGACGAGAAGCUCCUAAACAUCAUCUGGGAGAAAAAGGUACAACGGUUUGAGAAUGGACCUCGAGACACUACUGCGUCGAAAUCCGCCGGCAAGCCAAAUUCCCAUCAGCAGCCUCACGGAGAACAACGACAACAGGAAGAAUCAAGCAACAGUACUAUCAGCGAACCCAGCAUAACAAUGUUCCAACAAAAAAUUCGAACAACCGUCCAAGCCGUGCUUGAGUGUCGGUACCCAGAGCCCAUAGAGGACGAUAAAGGCCUUCAGAUUCACAUCGAAGAGAUUCGAGAUUACGAAGAAAGGAUGCGAAAAACGGCUUGCAGGCUAUACAGUACGCUUGGUAGCAUUGUGUACAACGUUCAAGCAUUUCGCAGGGUAAUCAGGGACUUGACGACGAUGCUACAAGAUUUGAAAUUGUACCCCCUCAAGUUAUGGAAGGCUGAGGAGGACGAGCCAGAAUAUUCAGACGGUGGGUGGGUCAGUUCUUGA